AUGGAAAUAAACAAAGUUUCAAAUACAAAAGAAGGAAAUGAUUAUAGUCCUUUGCCAAGUGUUAAAGAUGAAGAUGUUAAGUUGCAACCAAAGCAAGAAAAGAAAUAACUAUGUCAAUGGAUUAAAUAAAAUUAUAUAGAAAGAGACUUUAGCAACCUUUCCUAGCCAAAAUAAAAUGAAUUAGUUAUAAAAGAAAAAGAAAUAAAAGAUAAAAAUCCUAUUGAUUACUUGAUGAUUUUUCCUAGAAAUGAGAUUUUAACCUUUUAUUAGUUUGAAUCGGAUAAAUUCAUGAUUUAUAUAAGGGAUUUAGAUUCAGCUGAUGAAAAAAACAUCUUGCUUUCAGAUUCGUCAGAUUAUCAUUUUUUGAUAAAUCUCUAAACACCUAUCACAGAGAUUAAUGAACCAUAAAUAUUUCUAUUUAAUAAAAGAGAUAUUGACUCAAAGAAAUUAUCAUAUUAAUAGGAUUAAAAAAAUUUAAUUGAAAACGCCAACCAAAACAAUAAAAAUAAUUCUGUAUAUUUCAUAAAAGAGGAUUCAAAUCUUUAAGUUGGCAAUGUAAAUAUAGAAAACCAUUUCGCUUUUGUUUCUUAAAAAGAUAGUUUAGAUAAUAAAGAUAUUGGAACUGUAAUAUAUAAACGAGAUGAUUUGAGCAAAGUUAAAAAACUCGAUUCUAGAUAUAAGAUUCUGGCAUAUAAUUAGAAUUUUAAGUACGCUAUUGACAAGUAACUUAAUCUCUAUGCACUGAAUGAAAAAUUUGAGUUAGAUAAGAAAUAAUUUCUAUAGCAUUUCAAAUCGGAAAUUUUAAUAGAUGCAGCGAUUCAUUGCUAUUGCUUAUAUCUUAUUACUAAAUUUGAGGAGUAAAACUUAAUAAAGAUAUACAAUAUUUUUACAUUCGAGUUAGUUUCUAAGCAAAGCUUUUCAUUAAAACUUGAAUUUGAAAACUUCGAUUUCUAAAGAUUAAGAUUUUAUUUCUUUGAACCUGGUUAAUUGACUGUCUCCUAUAUUCAGGUAUACACUCAGUCAUAUUAGUUAAAUUCAAUAAUACCUCUUAAAGGUAUAGAUAGUGAUAUUUCAUCUGUGUUUGGGGAAUAUUUAUUCUUUGAAAAUAAUGAAAAUGAUGAUGUCGUCUAAAGAAUUGAUUAAUAGAGCCCUUUAAAAGUCUUAGCAAAGGCCCAUAGUCGUGAAACAUUCAUCAACUUAAUAGCGAAAGAUUCAAAUCUACUUUAUGCUGAGAAUUUCGAUGAGAUUGUCAAUUAAUCAAAGCCUUAGCUGUAUUAAGUUCAAAAAUUGAGCAAGGAAGAUGUUAUCUGCUAUUAUCUCAGCAGUAAAAAUAAACUAUUUCUUAAUGAUUAUCGGUCAAUUAACUUUGAUGAUGUAUUUAAGAAUAAAUAAGAAUAGUAAGAUAUUCAGAGAUUAGAUAAUAAAAUAUCUUCAUUUAAUGGACUUAUGUCUAGUAAAGGCAACUGGAAUGGCUAUGUGAUUGAAAUUUGCUCUCCAUAAGCCAUAAAUUAUUUUAAUAAAAACACUUAGCUUUAUAAAUAACUCAUCUUAAAGGAAAAAAUACCAAAAGAUAUCUAUGAUAGUAUAGCUGAGCUGAAGAUGGCUUAUAUUGAUGAAGAUUUCAAUAUUUUAAUGUUCCAUUCAAAGCUAAAACUAAAUAAUAUAAGUUCAAUUGUAGCAUUCGAUCUUGUAACUUUAAAAAUAAUCUAGGAAAUGAGUUUCACAAGUAAUCAUUAGCUUUCUGUCAAUAUUGGUGAAGAUUUCGUUUAAAUUAGUGAUAUAUUCUUAACAUAGCUCUUCUUUUUCAACACUAAAAACUAAGAGUAUCUCAAUAAAAAUAAUGAAUUGCAAAAUGAGACAAGAAAAUCUUUAAAGAUUAUGAAUGAGCCUUAACUUAAAAAAAUCAUAAAAAUAAGUUCAGGAUAAAUUAGUAAAUUUAAAAAUACACAUUCUUCAUAGCAAGACCUAUCAUCCUCUGGUUAUUUUAUUUGUAAAAACCUCAUGAAUGAUGCUAAUAAGUACAUUGCUAUUGAGUAGAAACCAUUAAGUUAAAUCAAUGAUGUUGGAAGCUACAACUAGCCUUUAAUUCUUGCUUUAUACUUUGAAUUAGCCUAAACUAUCUAAAUUGAUUAAAAGAGGAUUGAGUAUUAUAUGAACUAUGAAGAUAAUCCUGCAGGAAUUUUAGACACCAAUAUUGAUGAUGAUAUUUUAUAGAAAUUCAAAGAUAUUAAACAGAUGAAGAAUGUUUAAGUCAUUGAACAAUUGAAAGAUCUGAAAACCUAUACUAAGUUUAUAUCUGGUUAUGGUAACUGUUUCAAUCUAUUUGAAAAUAACUUGAGAGUAUUGGAGAGUAUUACGAAAUCCCUCUCUCUGUUACACAAGCGAGAUCUUCCAAUAUUGAUUAUUCCAAAAAUGUUAAAUGGAUAAAGCCCUUUUGAUUUUGCGACUUAAAACCGGCAGCAAAAGAUUCUCAAUUUGAUUCUUCACGUAAUAAUAAAGUAUCAAAACCACAUCUUAUUUAACUAAUUGAUUGAUAAGCAUAUAUGUGAACUCAUCGAAUACAAAAUUGAUCUUCAGGAUUACUUUGAAAGUCACUUACCCUUUUAUGAAAUAAUAGAUCCUAACUUUCCUAGUCAGCAUUAUGAUGAUCGAGCUCUUUUAGUUGGCACUAGCUUAUAAAAUCUGAAGGAGAUUCAUUUGAAUUAUGAGCAACUUUUCAAAGAUGUUCUUUUUGAAAAACCAGAAAAUGAGGAAAGUUCUAAUGUCUCUAUAGAAUACUUCAUUGUAAACCUACCCUAUACUUUAAAUAAGAAUGCCAAUUAACUUAUGCAAGUACUUAGCGAUACAUAAAAGCAAGAAUAUCUAGAAAAUCAAAUAAUUCAAAGCAUAAUUCAAUUUAAAUGGCGAACUCAUACCAGAGUAUUUUACUUCAAGAACUUCUUUAUUUACAUGAUCUUCAUCUUUGCAUUUAUAUUUGAAACCUUUUAUUCUGCUUACUAUGGCUUGAUUAGUGAAGAAUUAGAUGGGGACUUGAGAAAUAUCUGGGUGAGAAUUUUGAUCAAGUUUAUUUGCUUUGGAGUUAUUGUAUACUUCUUAAUUUAUGAAUACAGAUAGUUUAAAAUCUAGAAAUUCAGCUACUUUAUGGAUUUGUGGAAUUACUUUGAUCUUUCAUAUAUCAUUUCUUACGUGAUACUUACAAUAGUUGAAUUCUCUUCGACUUCAGAGCAAGCUGUUAUAAUUCUUCACAUCAUUGCUAUUUUACUAUCCUCAAUGAAGCUAUUUCAGUUCCUAAGAAUAUUCCAAGGAUUCAGCUUCCUGGUAUCUAUGCUUUAAGGUGUAUUUAUGGAUCUAAGAUUCUUUUUAGGUUUUUUCCUUAUCUUUAUAUUCCAGUUUGGACUAGUCUUUACUAUUUUAUUCAGAGCAAAAUUUGUAGAUGGUUAUAAAGGUGUGGGCAAGCUUACAUAUUUCUUGACUAUAUUUAGAAUAUCUACUGGAGAUUUUGAACUUGAUGACUAUAAAGAUUAAGAUAGUGAACUAGUUUUCAUCACCUGGGUCGUUUGGGUUUUUACUGUUUUGAUUAUUAACAUUGUAUUCAUGAACUUCAUUAUUGCAGUUAUAUCUGAGUCUUAUGAAAAAGUUAUGCAAAAAUUAGUAGCUGAAUCUUAUAAGGUAAAAGCAAAUCUUAUACUUGAAAGAGAGUAAUUAUUUUCAGAAUAAGAACUGAAAAAUCCAGUAUACUUUCCUAAUUAUAUUGUAAUCAGAAGAUAAGUUAAUACUACAUUCUAAGAAGAUGGAGAAUGGUAAGGAUUUAUAAAAGACAUCAAAGGCACAAUGAAAAUAUAGACUGUGAAACAAAAAAAUGAGAUAAUUUCAAGCUUCGGGAAAUCUCAAAAUAAAGUAUAAGUCUCAUCUAUUGAGGAUUUAGUGAACGAAUAAAAAAAGUUGAAAGAGAUCAUUGAGCAAUUAAUAGAAAGUAAAAAACCAGAAUUAUAACAACAAUAAGUACAGAACUAUCAAUUACCAGCUAAUUAUAACUAAAUAUAGUAAAAGGUUCUAGCUAAGCUUAACUAAUACAAAGAUAAUGCAAUCAAUAAAGAAGAUUUCGAUAAUUUUAAAUAUUCUGUUGAAAUAGAGAAUAGAAAUGUUGAAUAAAAACUGGAUGAAGUUAAUAAAAAGGUAGGAGACACUCAAACUUAGAUUAAUGAUUUGAAGAUGGACAUGAGUAUUCUUAAAUCCUUGAUGAGUAAAAUUUCUGAAAAUUUGAGCCACAGAGCUCAAAAUAAUAUUGAGACUAAACGCUCUUGA